CUCCCUCUUCUUCUUGUUUUUAUAACCGGAUUUGUCUUUUAUUAGGAUUUCUGUUUUUAUCAUGUCGAUUUGCGUGAACCUGGCGUGAAAUUUUCCACUGCUGUUCUCCAUUCGCACAUUGUUUUUACGUCAUCGCUGCACUCGCUUCGACGCAGCUUGCUAAAUCUUACCGAAUUCAUUCCGAAAGAACCGAAGUCCAGACGCGGUACGUCCAUCGGAACUUCGCUUCGUGUAAAACGUCAUUCAUGAAAUUCCUGAAUCGUUUCAGUCGUCUCAGUGCACUUUUUAAGCUUUCGGGCCUAGUUUAGCUUAUCUUAUUUUACCUUAGCUUGCUGACAAAGAGACGCGUUUGUCGUCGAGAGUUUCGCCAAGUGUGUGCCUCCAAAGUCCCGAGAGAAUGUGCGAAAGAAGGACAGCAGCAGACUACGAGGAGGAUCUAUGUCGACCAAAAGAGGCCAAUGAGCGACAACGUCAAGUAAUGGAUGCUGUUUACAAAAAGCCUCCAGACCACAGUAAAAUAUAUUUUCACCCUGAGCAGCAGGGGCUGGAGCCUUCACAGAUUAAAGAAGAAGACGAGCCAGUGCUUCCUUACAUUAAAGAGGAGGAGGAACUCCUUUAUAUCGAUGAGGCUGAAAAAGAGCCCGCGGACUUUGAGGAGAAAGGGGAUUUUGCCACGUGGCCAUCGAUUGUUGUCCUUUUGAAGGGUGAAGAUGAAGGGCAAAGUGAGAGAGGAGUGGCGUCUCCAAGCAGCAGCACAAGUCAGCACGUGACAACAGAAGGUGAUGGAGGACCACAAGCAGAUGGUCUCAUAGCGCCACUAUCAGAUACGGACGACGUGUCACGCUCUCCUCACACUGACGACGAUGAACUGUCUGAAGGGGAUAUGACGCGCCUCACUGACGGCAAACGUUGGAAAUGCUCUCAUUGUAGGAAAACCUUUGUCUACAAGUCUCUUUUGAAAAAGCACAUCAUGACACACACUGGAGUGAAGCCUUUCCCUUGUUCUGUUUGUGAGCAAACAUUCGCUCAAGAGGGACAUUUAAGGAGACACGCGAGAAGGCACACAGGAGAGAAACCAUUUGUUUGCACAGUUUGUGGGAAAAGAUUUGCUCAAAGAACCAGUUUGACAACACACACGCGCACACACACUGGCGAAAAACCUUUUGUCUGCUCAGUUUGCGGUCAAAGGUUUGCUCAGAGAAACCAUUUGACUACACACACAAAAACGCACACUGGAGAGAAACCUUUUGUCUGCUCAUUUUGCGGCCAAAGAUUCUCUGAAAAGGGAAGCUUGAAAAGUCACACAAGAACACACACUGGCGAUAAACCAUUUUCCUGCUCAGUUUGUGGGAAAAGAUUUUCUCAGAAGAGUCAUUUAAGUGUUCACAGGAGAACACACACAGGUGAGGAGCCUUUUUCCUGCUCAGUUUGUGGGAAAAGAUUUUCUCAGAAGGGACAUUUAAGUGUUCACAGGAGAACGCACACGGGUGAGAAACCUUUUGCCUGCUCUGUAUGUGGCCAAAGAUUUUCUGUCAAGGGACAUUUAAAAGCACAUGCAAGAAUCCAUACUGGUGAGAAACCUUUCGCUUGCUCAGUUUGUGGCCAAAGAUUUACUACAAAAGCAUAUUUUAAAAUACACACAAAAACCCACACUGAUGGGAAUCCUUUUGCUUGCUCAGUUUGUGGGCAAAGAUUCAUUGUGAAGGGAUAUUUAAAAAUACACAUGAGAAUACACACUGGAGAGAAACCAUAUCCCUGCUCUGACUGUAGUAAAAGAUUCUCUACAAAAGAACAGUUAAAAUCUCAUGCAAGAACACACACUGGAGAAAAACCUUUUGCCUGCUCAGUUUGUGGGCAAACCUUUUCUCUGAAGGGGAACUUAAAAAGUCACACGAGAACGCACACUGGUGAAAAGCCUUUUGCAUGCUCAGUUUGUGGCAACAGAUUCUCAAGAAAGGGAAACCUCAAUAUACAUACAAGAAUACACACUGGAGAUAAACCUUUUGUUUGCUGAAUUAAAGACAAAAAAAUAAAAUUGCAAGGAUAAGGCUAAGUGCUGGUGAGAACACAAUCGUAAGAUUUUAAUGAAAAUCUAAAUGUAAAAUAUUUAAAUUGCUGUGACAGUAAUUUGAAAUAACUUAUUUUCUACUCUUAUCAACUUUGUUGUAUUUUUUUCCGCAUCAUCGUGUAUUCUCUAUACCUCUUAAAAGCAUCCUGUGGAUGAGUGUUGAGGAUCAGCGAUCAUGCGAAAACACUUAAAGCAUUUCUGUGCAUAUCAAAUACGUAAAUAUAGAAAUGUGAACAAUAAUUUACUGAUUGUUUUUUCUUUCUUUCUUAUAUUCUUUGAGUUAACUCAAGGUGUGGACACUUGUGUUGGAGCCUUGUAGGUCUUGCUCAAGUAUGAUUUUGUUUUGUAAAGAAGGGCUAGCCUUUUCAGUUAGCUUUGUCUUUUAUUUUUUGGAUUGAUUAAAAGCCAGUCAAAUAAAA